AUGCUUCUAGCCGACGCCAUCCGGUUCAACGUCAGACUGGGUGCCAAGGACUGGGACUCCCGGGUGCAAUGGGGUGAGCCAACAGGCUACUGCCAGCGAUACCGAAAUGCUACUAAAGAGCCCGCAGACAAGCGUUGCUGGACCCUUCAUCUCUGUGCAGACCUCGGCUUUUCCGUCCGGGUUUUCUUUGUUCGGGAUUAUUACCUCAACUCCACGGAAGCGGAGAAUGAUUUCAUGGUGGAUAAGAGUUUUGGGGAGACUUGGAUGGAUGAGAUAGCAGCGCAGGGCGUGUCGGUAGUGGUGAUGAAUCGAGGGGCUCAUUUUAUUGCAGAUGAGCAGUUUGAGCGGCAAAUGAAAUCCACUCUGCUGGCCCUCCGGAAGAGCUACCCUGAUCUGCUCAUUAUCGUUCGAAACACCCCUGCCGGCCACCCCCACUGCUGGCUGCACCGGAAGCCGCUUUCCGGGAAGCUUCUGGACCUGCCGCAUGAUGACUGGCAUUGGGACGGGUUUGCGGCGCAGAAUGAGAUUUUAAAGAAUCUGACGGAGGGCGUGGGAGGGGUGUACAUGGAUGUGAAUGCGUCGGCGGUGUGGCGGGCUGAUGGGCAUGUGGGCCGCAAGAUCACCUCGUCCUGGCCCACAUGCAUGAUGCGCGAGGUCGAGGUGGCACAAGACGUGCACGUCGCCCCUGAGGUGGAGGAGUGGGUGAACCCACUGUUCGCCACAGCCGCGGAGGAUGAGGAGGCGGCAAAGGCUGCGGAUGCUGAGGAUGCCGGGGACCUGGAGGAGGAGGAGGAGGAGGAGGAGGAGGAGGAGGAGGAGGAGGAGGAGGAGGAGGAGGAGGAGGAGGAGGAGGAGGAGGAGGAGGAGGAGGAGGAGGAGGAGGAGGAGGAGGAGGAGGAGGACGACGACGACGACGACGACGACGGCGACGACGAUGUGGCUGACGAGGAAGAGGAGGCGGAGGGUGGGCUGGAGGAGGACGCGAACGCUAAGUACUUGAUGGAAUCUAACAUGACCAAGCCGUAG